UCAGUAAGUUACUGGUUCACUACAGCAGUCAUAGUGCUUAAACGAAACACUCUCUUCCUGGUAGCAGUUUAGUGACACAUGACAGCUCUCUCUUGAUAAUCCACUGAACGCAAAACCUCUAAACUGCAGUAAGGACAAAACUGACAGUUAUUCCUGUCAGAAAAAGGAGUAAUCUUCGAACGUUGAAACUUUAAGUGCCAGUUUGUAACUUUCUGCGGAAACCACUGCUUCUUACCGCGAUCGAAAGUUAGGCGGUUGCAACUGCAAGCAAGAUGAAACACACGAUGAGGACGCUUUCGAUAGUCAGGUGAUUCGAGACUUUAUAAUUAUAUUCAAGGUUUGCCUCAGCCCUUACGAAAAUGAGGUUACGAUUCGUCAAAAAGAACUUGCUCAUUCUCCUGGGUGUUAGCUUUAUUAUCGCCACUAUCAUGUUCACAACACGUGUAUUAAUUUCGGAAGAAAAUGCUAAUGUUGUCAAUCAGGAAAAUAUGUUGUCUGACGAGAUGACAUUUCAGUACGGUUCUCUACCUGAGUUGAAAAAGUCCGUUUACAAUGCUAAUUACAAGCAAACCGUUCUGAAUGCGAACAAGUAUCCCGCAGAGCCUAAACUGGUCCUUGUUAUUCAGGUUCACAACAGACCAGACUACCUGAAAAUACUAAUUGAAUCAUUGGAAAAUGCAGCUGAAGUCCAAAACCUUCUGCUGAUUUUCAGCCAUGACUAUUUUUCAGAGGAAAUCAAUAAAAUGGUGCAAGGAAUAUCUUUUUGCAGGGUCUUGCAGAUAUACUUCCCCUACAGCACCCAGCUCUAUCCCAAUGAGUUUCCAGGACAGGAUCCUCAGGACUGUCCACGAGACAUUUCCAAGGACGGUGCUUUAAAAACAGGAUGCCUCAAUGCUGAGCAUCCAGAUUCAUACGGCCACUAUAGGGAAGCCUCCAUUACACAGACCAAACACCACUGGUGGUGGAAACUUCACUUUGUGUGGGAGCGAGUGCAGGGCCUGCAAGGAUACAGUGGCUUUGUUGUUUUCCUUGAGGAAGACAACUACAUCAUGCCCGACUUCUACCACAUGUACAUGUCAAUGGUUGGGUACAGGAAGAGCAGCUGUCCUGAUUGUGAUGUGCUGGCAUUAGGAAACCAUAACGGCCUGGCAGACUUCGCUAAGCUCAGCGACAAGUUGCAGACUACCGGGUGGAUGUCGACCAAGCACAACAUUGGCAUGGGCAUCUCCAGGGAGGUAUACUACAAGUUGAUGGGGUGCAACAAUGACUUCUGCACCUAUGAUGACUACAACUGGGACUGGACCCUCCAGCACCUGUCAGGGAUUUGCCUGUCAAAACCAGUCAAAGUGCUGGUGGCCCAGGGGUCCAGGGUUCUUCACACUGGCAACUGUGGGCUACACCAGAACAAGGAAGCAUGUCGGCCUGAGCUGGCCCUGCAGAAAGCCCAGGAGUCCCUACAGCUUGCCAAGGACUACCUCUUCCCUCCGUCCUUGGUCCUAACUAGCUCUGAGUCAGUGGAACACAAGCCUCACAUGAAAAAUGGAGGCUGGGGUGAUAUCCGUGACCACGUCCUUUGUAAAAACUAUGCCAAACGUCUAUGAAUGACAGGGCAUUUUUGAUGUACUGAGGGUUGAGGGAAUAACCGCCAUUUAAACUUUCAGGGUUCCAAAAGCUGCAGUGUGUUAUAUUACAUGUGUUUUUAAGAGAUUGGAUAAGGGUUAGUGGAAAUAUGAUUUGGGAAUGUUAAAAUAUAUGCAGCAAUUUGAUUCAUGCCUUGUUGUUGUUGCUGUUAUUUCCUAAACUAUUGCCAAAUAUAUAUAUAUAUACACACACAACAGGAUAUGCAAGCUGAUUCUUUUUGCUUCUCUGUUUAUGUAAAGAGGUUUGCCUUGUACUUUGUAAAGAAUGACCAAAAUGUUUGUUUGAUCAAAGUAAAUCAUUACUAUGUUCAUCAUGAAACCUGCCAGCAGAUAAUUAUUCUGGUACGCAGAAAUGACUGCAUAUUUAAAACAAAACCGCUCUGAAGUUAUGUAUCAUGGGCAUCUAGUACAUCUUAGAUCAUUGCCAGUGGCAUACAUUCUUCAUGCCUAAUUUCCUAAAUUGUUAAUGCCUAAACAGCAUGAGUCUAUUACCCAUUCAAACAAAUCUAUGUAAAAUCAGAAAUAUAAAAUGCCAAUUUUAAGUUUUAUUUUGAACAAUGAGGUGCAUAUGGUAGAAAUAGAAAAACAACAGCAACAGGUUGUUUCAUAGGAUUAACUGGGAAAACAUUGUAUAUUAUGGUUUUGUACAGUACUAAAAUGUACUGACAAGGAGGGUCAAAAUACAGUGAAUUAUUAGUACUGCUUUAUGCCUGUGUGUUUUUAAUUUUAAGGGUUGGUUAUUGUUUCCAUUAGAACCUUACAAACAUGACCUGUUUUUGCUUUAGCAAAUAUUUCCCCGUCUCUAUUCCUGUGAAUUUGACAAUGUGUCUGUUUAAAAAAAACAUGGUUCACUUCCUUGUGCCUGUCAUUAAUGCUACAUUCGUAACCAUGUGGGAGGUGGUCCAUUACCAGUUGUAAAUACCAGUCGAAUGUAUUCACAUGCUUUGAACUCAUUGAGAAACAGAUUGGCUAAUAGAUGGAAAAACUCUGAACCAUCAACAUAUACAUCACUUUUGUAUGGUUGUCUACAGCAUAACAAUUGUUUAUAGAAAGGAUCAUAUAGCAUUUAGUCUCUUUUUUAUGAAAAACCACCAACUAUAUAAAAAGUCCCUUUUUCCAUAUUCCCACACAUCCCAACUAGAGAAAAUACAGAAAAUGUCUGUCUGUCUCUAGUGAUUCAUCGUUUGCUGGUACAGUGUCAGUGUAUAACCUAAUCUUCCUUAUUUAAAAAAAAAAAAAUAAAAUUUAUACAGUCAUUGCUUCAAGAGAGAAACACCACCAUGGUAUCCAAUCGUUUUCCACUAUGUUUUCAGAAUAAUACUGUUCAUUAACAGCGUCGGAUCGUGGCUGCUACAGUCAGGUUGGGUGCCGCUACCAGGGACUAUGCUAAUAGAUGGAUGACCCAACAAAAUUAAGGAACACUGUGUCAUUGCCUAUUAAUAAAGACAAGGUUUUUGACCUCAAUUUAA